AUGCCGUCGGGCGGGUCCGCCCGGUCCACGCCGCGGCGCACGUCGGGGGGCGUGUCGCGCUCCUACACGGACGAGCUACAGCAGCAGUCGCCGCUCAUGGCGCCCGCGUCCUCCGCCUCCCCGGGCGCCUUCGGCGGCGGCUCGUCGCGCUUCUCCGCGGGCGGCGACGAGGCGGCGGCGGAGCUGCUCAUCGGCAUUCCGCCGAAGCGCCGCGCGGGCAGCAGCAGCUCCGCCGGCAGCUUCCAGGAGCGCGACCGCAAGACCGUGUGGUUCGGCCGCCCGGGCCACGGCGCCGUCGGCAUCUCCGGUGUGGAGAGCGACGCGGGCAGCAGCGCGGGCAGCCUGGGGGGGGAGGGGUCCGCCUUCGGCAACUCGCUGACGGGCCCCGCGAGCUCGCGCCUGAACGGGCUGCUGUUCGGCGGGGGGAGCGGCGGGGGAGGCGGAAUGUCGUCGUCGAUGGUGGGCGAGGAGGAGACGAUGCCCAUCGCCGGCACCGUGGGCGAGCCCAGCCCGUCGCACGCGGGCACGCUGCGCGACUACUCGAUGCGCGGCGGCAAGCACUUCUGGACGUGCGAGCGCGUGGUGCUGGCGUGCGCGCUGGUGGGGCUGCUCGUGUCCAGCUCGCUGCUGCUCGUGCUCUGGCUCUCGGGCGCCAUGAACAAGUCCGCGCCUCCGCCCAUGGACCCCGCGGUGUCGCAGGCGGCUCCCGCGCCCCCCGCGCAGUCGCAGUGGGGGGAGCAGAGCAGCGCGCAGGGGGGCGACGGCACAGAGGGGGAGGGAGGCGGGGGGGAGCAGGCGAGCUCAGACGGGUCGGGGGGGGCAGGCGGGGGGGAAGAGGGCGCGUGCGCGGGGCCGUGCUGCAGCUCGCGCGCGCCUGCCGUGGCGGGCAGCACCGCCUCCAUGCCCUCCGUCUGGUGGUCCGCCGCCCUCCAUGUACGCCCGCCCCGCCCCGUCCCCCCCUUUCCUCUCCCCACCUCCUGCUCGCUCAUCCUAAGCCACUCCUCUUGUUUGUGGGCACAUGGGGGUGCGAUGGCGAUGGGGCACAGCACAGGCGCUGCAGGCGCGCUGCCAGUGAGGGCAGAGCAGGGAUGUGGCUGGCACGUGCAACAACCUGGACUCCUAGUUCAUGUGCCACUGGCCUUGCUCUCGCGCCUCACGCACCCAAUGCGCACACACCCUCCCCUCCCCUAUCGUCCCCUGCUGCCCUGCCCUGCCCUGCCCUGCCCUGCCCUGUCCUGCCCGGCCCUCCCUUACCCCCGGCAGCACGGAGCGCAGGUGCAGCUGCAGGCGUCCAACGGGCUGUGGGUGGGGCCGCGCCUGCCAGCGGGGCGGUGGGCGGAGCCAGGAGCGUACCACGAGGGCGCGCCCGCCAGUGAGUUCUACACCGUGGAGCGCGAGGACACACAGGCCCACGGCAGCGGUGCGGUGCGCCUGCGCACGCCCCAGGGCACGUACCUGACGUGCGCGCGCGAGCUCACCGUCACGGGGCUGGAUGCCUCCGCCACGCCCGCCUCGCUGCUCUCCAUUGAAGUGGUGGAGGGCAUACCGCAGAAGGCGCGCAUACAGUGCAGCGACGGGUCGUUCAUAGUGGUGGAGGAAUCCGGCAUCCUCAUGCGCUCGCGCAACCGCGACGUCGCCGAGGCCUUUGCCGUGCGCGAGGCCAUGCAGCUGCCCGCCUUCCGCGGCGUGGGCCUCCCUGGCUGGCUGGUGCUGGAGGGGUGGCUGCGCCCGGACCUGUUCCGCCGCGUGCCCGUGUACAUCGACGGCCUGCAGUUCUCCCUGCAGUCGCUCUACACGGGGAGCUUUCUCCAUGUGGACCCGGCGAAUGGGUUCCGCCUGGUGGCCAAGGGAAUGCAGGCGGGGGACUGGGCGUCGUUCCACAUGCGCACGCUCACCCUGGGCGACCGCCACCUGCACGAGGUGCGCUCCCUCGACUUCUCCUUCUGGUCGCUGCACAACUCCUCCUCCCCGCCCGCCAACGCCUCAGCAGCGGCACCAGCGGGAGGCGGUGGGGGCAUGGCGGAGGUGCGCAGCGACGUGGCGAACCCGGGCGGGGAAGGCCUGGAGACGUUUCGGUUUGUGUUCCACGGGGCGGAGGCGCGGUGGGUGAUGAUCCAGGCGCCCAACGGCCGCUUCCUCUCCGUGAACGACGACGGCAGCGUGACGGCGUCCGUGCCGGCGGAGCAGGUGAACACGGCGGUGGGCAGCUGGGCGUGGACCACGGGCGUGGCGUUCCUGCUCGUGCACAACACGGCGGUGCGUGGCGAGUGGCAGAUGGGGCGGCACUGGGGGCCGGACGAGGUGGAGAAGCGGCUGGAGCAGCACCGCAGCACGUGGGUGACGGAGGAGCACUUUGGCGCGCUGCAGCAGGCGGGGGUGAACGCCGUGCGCGUGCCCGUGGGGUACUGGAUCGCGGAGGAGGGCAAGGCGGAGGGGGACGUGGGGGCGGGGGGCCCGCUGUACCCAUUCAGCAAGGGCGGGCUCAAGUACCUGGACUGGGCCUUUGACAUGGCCGCCAAGUACGGCAUGCGGGUGAUGCUCUCCCUGCACGCGGCACCGGGGUCGCAGAAUGGGUACGAGCACUCAGCGUCGCGGGACGGCAUCCCGGACUGGGCAGCAUCACAGGUGAACAUAGACCGCACGGUGGAGGCCAUCGACUGGUUCGCGCAGCGCUACGCCGCCACCGACGCCUUCGCCGGCAUCGCGCUGCUCAACGAGCCGCUGGAAGAAGCCAUCUCCGCGGAGACUCUAGGGAACUACUACGAGCGCGCGUACGCGGCCGUGCGCUCGCACUCGCAGUGCGCGUACGUGGCGAUCAGCGCGCGCGUGGGCGCGGAGGCGACGGAGGUGCUGGACUUCUUGGCGGACGAGGCGCAGUUCACGAACGUGAUUCACGACGAGCACUUCUAUAAUGUUUUCCAUGACGCCCCCAAGUCCACCGCCACUCCCGCUGCUGCCGCCACCGACCCCUCCGCCACCGACCCCGCUGCCAACACGGCUGCCACUGGGGACUCUUGGGGCGGUGCCGGUGCCGCAGGUAACCUGUCGGCGGUGCUGAGCUUUGUGCUGACGACUCGGGUGAAGGAGCUGGGGCUGCUGCAGCCGGCGGGGAGUGAGCGUGUGGCGAUGGUGGGCGAGUGGUCGCUGGCGGUGGAGGGGCAUGACAGUGUGGACGAUGCGGGCAUGGCGGGGCUGGCGUCCGCACAGCUGGCAGCGUAUGCGCGUGCACGCGCCGGGUGGUUCUUCUUCUCGCACCGCAUGGGGCGCCCGCAGUUCCCGCGUUUUAGCUUCCUGGACUCGCUCGGGCGUGGAUGGCUGUCGCUGCAGGGUGGUGGCGGGUGGUACUAG